AUGGAGCCCGACUCGGUGAUUGAGGACAAGACCAUCGAGCUCAUGAACACUUCAGUUAUGGAGGAUCAAAAUGAAGAUGAGUCCCCCAAGAAAAAUACUCUUUGGCAGAUAAGUAAUGGAACAUCGUCUGUGAUCGUCUCCAGAAAGAGGCCGUCGGAAGGAAACUACCAGAAGGAAAAGGACUUGUGCAUUAAGUACUUUGACCAGUGGUCUGAAUCAGAUCAGGUGGAGUUCGUGGAGCACCUCAUUUCCCGGAUGUGUCACUACCAGCAUGGACAUAUUAACUCGUACCUGAAGCCCAUGUUGCAGCGGGACUUCAUUACCGCUUUACCAGAGCAAGGCCUAGAUCACAUAGCAGAAAACAUUCUUUCCUACCUGGACGCCAGGUCUCUGUGUGCAGCAGAGCUGGUCUGCAAAGAAUGGCAGCGCGUCAUCUCCGAGGGGAUGCUGUGGAAGAAGCUGAUUGAGCGGAUGGUGCGCACCGACCCUCUGUGGAAGGGGCUCUCCGAGAGGAGAGGGUGGGAUCAGUACCUGUUUAAAAACAGACCCACAGAUGGCCCUCCCAAUUCAUUUUAUAGGUCAUUAUACCCAAAGAUUAUCCAGGACAUAGAGACUAUAGAAUCUAACUGGCGGUGUGGACGACACAACUUGCAGAGGAUCCAGUGCCGUUCUGAAAAUAGUAAAGGUGUCUACUGUUUACAGUACGAUGACGAAAAGAUUAUCAGUGGGCUGCGUGACAAUUCUAUUAAGAUUUGGGACAAAACCAGCCUGGAAUGUUUGAAGGUGCUGACGGGGCACACGGGCUCCGUCCUUUGUCUGCAGUAUGACGAACGUGUCAUUGUGACCGGCUCUUCGGACUCCACAGUGCGAGUCUGGGACGUGAACACGGGCGAGGUGCUGAACACACUGAUCCACCACAACGAGGCCGUCCUGCACUUACGCUUCAGCAACGGCCUGAUGGUGACCUGCUCCAAGGACCGCUCCAUCGCCGUGUGGGACAUGGCUUCCGCCACCGACAUCACCUUACGCCGCGUCCUGGUCGGCCACCGAGCUGCUGUCAACGUGGUGGACUUCGAUGACAAGUACAUCGUGUCUGCCUCUGGGGACAGAACCAUCAAAGUCUGGAGUACGAGCACCUGUGAAUUUGUUCGCACCCUGAACGGGCACAAGCGAGGCAUCGCCUGUCUGCAGUACAGGGACCGGCUGGUUGUCAGUGGAUCGUCAGAUAACACCAUCAGGCUGUGGGACAUCGAGUGCGGCGCCUGUCUGAGAGUCCUCGAGGGACACGAAGAGCUGGUGCGGUGCAUCCGGUUCGACAACAAGAGGAUUGUCAGCGGCGCCUAUGAUGGGAAAAUCAAAGUUUGGGACUUGCAAGCUGCUCUGGACCCGCGAGCCCCGGCAAGCACGCUGUGUCUGCGCACAUUGGUGGAACAUUCUGGACGUGUGUUCCGGCUACAGUUUGAUGAAUUUCAGAUCAUCAGCAGCUCUCACGAUGACACUAUUUUGAUUUGGGAUUUCUUAAAUGUGCCUCCCAGUGCCCAGAACGAGACCCGCUCUCCCUCCAGAACAUACACAUACAUCUCCAGAUAA